AUGCAGGCCUUCACCUCCAUUAUUAAGAUCCAGGAGUUCACUGGGACUCAUUGUCUGCCUCAGGGUUUUGUGGACUUCCCAAGGUGUUCAUCCGUGAACACCUUCCCAAGGUGUUCAUCCACUUUGUCUCAUGACUCAGGUGAAACCUGCAUUAAUAUCGUUCGGUUUGCAUCAAGACCAUCAUCAUCCUCAUCAUCCUCAUCCUCAUCAUCAUCAUCAUCAUCAUCAUCAGCAGUCAUGUUCACUCGUUGUCUCCUGCUGUUUCUUCUGGCUCUCUACAGCUUUCAGUUCUCAACAGCUCAGAAUCAAAAUGCACCAGAUAAGUGCUGUUUCAGUUUUCAGUCACAGCCAGUUCCUGCAAGAGUCAUUGUAGCGUGUAGAGUGACAGACCAUCGGUGUACAAAACCUGGAGUCAUCUUUACCCUGAAUGAUGGUAAGCAGGUGUGUGCAAAUUCCCAAGACAAGUGGGUGAAGAACAACAUGAACAAAAUUGACCAGCACCUGAUUAAAAACCAGAACAAACCUACGUAGAAUGUUUAAAUCCUCUUUCCAUUAAUAAGACAUGCGUUUAUUAUUCUGAUUAUUAUUUUAUUGUCAAAUGCUCUUUUUCAUAUAUUUAGACAGAAAGACAGAAUUUAUUUUUAGCUGAAUAUUUUUUUUAAUUCAGUAAUUAAUUUUAUUUUUAACCAUAUUAAAGAACAUUAUAAAUGGAAUAUACUUUUGAUUUCUUUUUUUUUUUGCUCUUUUUUUAGUUUUCACUAAUGAGUAUCUUGUAUUCUUUCAUAUUAUUU